GAACCUAUGGCGGGAAGCAUUGGGAGGGGGGGCAGCCGCGGUGACGAUUGGCCGUCCGCACAGUCACAAUUUGGAGCAGGCGGGGGGCUCACAGGGGCAGGUCCGUCGGCAGGAUCUAUCUAUCUAUUUAAUUAAAGGAUGAUCAUGCCGUGUGCUUUCAAGAUGGGACGUGAUAAAGUUGUAGUGGUGAUGCUCACGCGUCUCGCAGCCAUGCGUCGUUGUUAGUGGAGUGGUCAACACUUCGGCUGUUUUAUAGGGGCCGCUGGACUGGGCUACGGCGCAAGUAGAGAGAGAGAGAGGGGGGGGUGGACGUGAACCGGGAUCCAGGCCUAGUAGUAUUGCCGCCGGGAUUCUCCGCAUCCGCUUUCAAAAAAUGGGGAAUUAUCCCAUUUAAAUGCAGAAAUGGAUUGUUUAACAGUGGCUUUUGCGGUGGGUGUUCAUGGAAUGGUAAGAUUCUCGCGGCAGAUCGGUGUCACCGGUGUCUGAUCCGUGAUUUUGUUUAAUGACCGUACGUCCGUCGGAGGGAAGCGUGUGUGUGGGUGUGUGUGUUUGUGUGUGCGCGCACGUCAGUGUGUAUGUGCAGAUGAACUCGGCGGGUGUCAUUCAUGCAUGUCCGUGCUAUGUUGUGUCCUGUUCGCGGCGGCGGAUGACAUGUAGCCCGGGGUUGGUGGAUGGGCGCCGACAUGACAUGCCAUUUUGAUCUGGAUCCCAAUAACAGACGAGCGGGUUUAGGUUCAUCCGUUGCAUAUCGAGUUAACCCUUCGCUGUCGAUGGCCAGGUUUGGCGUGUUAGCAGAGUGUGUAUGUAACGUUGUUGCAUGACGUGACGCACUGGCCAUAUGCACACCGGACGACUCCAUUCCCCCUUCCGGGCGGCGUUGCUGUGCAGACGGGUUGCGAGUUGACUGCCGUGAGGAAGAAGCAAGGAUAGCAGGAUGACAGGGCCAUGUGCGUUGCCUUGGAGACAGGCCCAACAUUCCAGCUGCCCUUUGACCUCUGGCUGAGUCUCCCGCCCCUUCUUCCAGGCUGCUCUUCACGUCAUGGCUGCGGUCUGACCAUGUCAGCCAGCGGGUCCUCCUUCCAGCACCCGUCGCUCUACGGGCUCACCAAAACUCCCAACUCCCCCCACUUGUCGCCUUUGCCGCCCUCCUCCUCCUCCUCCUCCACCUCCUCGUACCGCUCGUUGCGUCGGCUGCAGAGACUGACCACCACCGCCGCCGCCGCCGCGACCGCCGCGACCAGCAGCAGACCCCAGCCAGCCCGGUCUGGGAGGGUCCCGGGGGGCCAGAGGCAGGGAUGCGCCGAGUGGGAGUGGGAAGGAAGGGGCGGCGGCGAGAAGGAGAGCCACCGAGAGAACGCCGUCGAGGGGGACGGUUCGAGCAGGGAGAACGGCGGCGUGGGGGAUGACCCCCUCGCUCACGAACAGCACAGCGUGGCCGGGCGAGCGUCCCGGGAGCAGAGCGACUCCAGCGACUCUGGCCCGCCCAGCCCGGCCUUCUCCCUCAACAGUAACAGCCCCUUCGCCAACGGCCUCCUCCAUUUUGAGUCGUCCUUGUUUGAGGACGACGACGUCAACCAGGACAUCGACGACGACGGCGACGACGGUUUUGACGAAGGCCAAGGGGUCGAGGUGCGCGUGCGUUCCCCCGGUACGACAGAGGAGCAGGGACGGUCGAACGAAAUGGCCGUUCGAGAGUCCAACCCCGGGGUUGCGUGUGCCGAUUCCACGGGCGCCCCGGAAGCUCUGAAGCCAGCGGGGCCGCCGGGCAAGGUGGUGACCCGCUCCCAGCGCUCGGGCCAGCGCCGGAGGUACUGGGAGGAGUCGGAGAGCGAGUGGGAGAGUGACAGCGAGUUCUUUGGGUUUGAGAGUACCACCGUUGAGAAUCCAAUGCCAUGCAGUCCAAAGAAGAAAUCAGUCCCCCCCUUAAAGUUCUUGGAGGGUGAGGUUAUUUGGGCCAAGUUCAACCGAAGACCCUGGUGGCCUUCUCAGGUGGUCGUGGACCCCACCAACGGAAUCUAUCACAGGGUCAAAGAGCCCAGUGAUCGCCCCUGUCGACUGUACUACGUGAGGACCUUUGGGAAACCAGUGGAGUAUGCCUGGGUGGAAGGAAGAGCCACUCAUUCAUUCAACGGCGGCUUUCAAUUCGAACAGCUCCCCCUAUUGAGGCGGAGGGGCAGGCAAAGGGAAAACAACUACAAAUAUUCUAUUGCCAAGCGAUACCAGGAGGCCUGGAAGUUCAGUGUGACUGAAGCAGAGGUUUCUUUCCAGGAAAUGUCCAGAAGGGCCUCCUCCCUGAGAGACGAUGCCUUUCAUGACGUCUCCACAUCUGAAACAAAAAGUACAGUCCAACCGACUCCUGCUCCAGCUUCUGAGGCGUCUAAACCCAGUCACAUGGCCGAUGGAUCUGACUUCUGCCCGGGCAAAACAAAGAAGCCAAGCAUUUUAAGAAAGACUUCUGUUAAAAAUAAAACCAGAAGUUCUACGACCUGCACCAGUAGUAACGAUUCCAGAAACCCACGCGGUAACCAGGAGCCGUCAGAUCGAGUGGCCGGCGAAUGCCCUUACUCCGACCUUGAAUCUGUCCCCAAGAUUUUAUGUCCCACAGCACUCGAGCGCCAGUCCAAACCAGUUCAGUCUGUGCCUUUAGUUACCCAGGCUCUUUCUUCUUCGGUUUUCAAGGAAGUAACCAAACAGCCCGAGAUUCACAGAGGCCUGUGGUUCAGCAAAGCUGGAAAAGACAGACGACCAAAAACUACAAGUCCCAUACCUGAUCGAACUGUCUUCGGUAAACUGCCCUGUAAGAAGAAGGUCCGAUCUGUAGUCAGUAAAAGGACUCACGUCAACGGUGUCAACCACACUGCGACUGGAGUGGCAGUUUCCCAGCAAUCGUUACAUGACAAAAAUAAGACCAGCCUGUGUGCAGAAACUGGAAUGCCUUCGGACCAGUCAGGGCCUUCAAAUAAGCCUGUAGAAUUGAUCCCUUCCAAAAGUCUGAGUGAUAAUUGUAUUAUAACCGAAAAGCUCACAAAUCAAUGGAAGGACAAACAAAAAAAGAAAUCGGCUGCCCAUUCUCAAAGGACCAAGCUUGAUGGUGUGUGCACCACUAAGCCGUUGGAUCACCUUACCUCUAAAAAAUGUAUCCCAGUCAGCAACAUAAAGGACUGUCUCAAAGACCCACCAGACCAUUCCAAGGCUGAACAUAGACCGUCCUCUAAUGAAACUACUGACGAUUCAGAAAAAUCUGAAAGCAUUGGCAGUAAAAAGGCCCUUACAAUCGGCAAAUUAGCUAAACAAACGCAUACUGUAGAAAAUAAUAAGUCGAAAGUUAUGGAUUUAUCGGAAAGUCCUUUAGUUCAGUCACCAAGCUUAGAGGAGCAAAAUGUUUCAACCUCUAGUGCGAUUCAAUUGGUCAAUCCGGCACAAAAUGAUUUCAUUGAUAACGGCACCCAGCAGCCAUUAGAAAGUAGCGAUUCAAUUUCUAAAUUUGGGUCAAAGGAGUCCUUAAAGGAAAUUCCCGGUGUAGAAUCCAAAAGCAUAUCGGUUAAUAAUUUGGCUAGCAUGGGUGGGACUGUCAAACCUUUUCACAAAACGCGAUGGUCUCAAGAGAGCAGUUUGCAAUUAUCAAGUAAGACUAAUCAAUCAAAAGGCCCGGAAGUAAAAUGGAUGUCCAUGAUCAAUACAAAAAGUACAACAAGCAAAACCACUGACCAGUUAAACAUCGCAGAACUUAAAAAAAUGAAUGCCGUUCAUGGACUCAAUGGCAUGACAUCCCAGCCUUCUCCACAGCAAGCGGAAUCGUCUACCGAAGUUGUUCAAGCAUCUCCUGCAGCACCAGAACCAUGUUCGAUGGAUGUAAGCAAACCUCCAGAAGAACCACUGUCACUUCAAAAUGAAUCCAAAGAGAGUCCAAACGAAUCACCGAACACCAUCGAUGAGCAGCCCGCGCACCUGCCGGCCAGCAACCGCCUGAUGACCAGAGCCCUUAAAGCAUUGCAGGAAACGGAACGACUAAAGCGGGAAAAAGCUCUGCAGGAACUCGAUUGGAAGAAGAGUUCAGAGCAGUGUAAAAAAACGGAUGGAAACGAAAGGAGAAGUUCAGACAAUUCCUCGGCCUUAACGGGGACCAAGCAAGGCGUCUCCACAAAGCAGAGGUCCACGAAGACGAGGCCUCGGAGCGGGCCUUCCUCCAGCUGCAGCGCUCUCUCGUCCUGCGAGAGCUUUUCCGACCCAAAUGACGUGCAAGUUGAGGUCAAGAGUGAGGAUGAAGACGUCCCCGUGUCCCCCACUCCGCCCAUGGACUUCAUCCCCCUGACUGCGAAGAUUAAAAACAUAAAGGAGGUGUCCUUACAGUCAGUGACCAACGAGAGCGACGGUAAGCCGGUUUCGUUCAAACCCGACACAAACUAUAAGUUCAGUACUUUUCUCAUGCUGCUGAAAGAUUUGCACGACACCAGGGACCGGGACGGGGCCCCGCUGGAGCUGGACAUCGGCCCUGCGAGCUCCCACGUGAGGCAGGAGCCCUCGGUGAUCCCCGGGACGUCCGGAGAGGAUCCCCGCCGAGGAACGACCGGUGCCUGCGGAGCUGUGCUCGUCGCAGACGAAGCCAAGACCUCGCAGAAGGACGGUGUGACGAACGGGAGGAGACCCGGCCAGCCCUCCAAAGGCUCCGGCGGCGGGAGGAAGAGAACCGUCAACUCUGCGCGGAGGAAGAAAGCUCCGGCUCCUUAUAGUCCGGCGAGCUCGGGCCCUGGGUUCCCCGGGCAGGAGCUCUCGUCCGGUGGUGACUCGCGUGGCGGGGACGGGCAGGUCCAGACGGAGGGAGGGAAGGGUGACGUCGUGGUGGAAGAGGGGUGUGGAUCAGUGAAGGAGGGGGAGAGUCGGACCACUGUGCCUUUGGAAGAGAGGGUGUUGGACGCUGCCCGGUUCUCCCCACCAAAGACUAGUUUGCAGCCCCCUAAGGAUCUCCAUGUGGCGGGCGCAACGCUGAACAAUAACUCGUGGGGCGGCAGUGGAGGAGGCCAGGAGACUUCCAAAGUACCAAAACGGAUCAGAAAACCAAGCAAAAGGCUCAUCGAAUGGAACGAGGAUUACGAUCAGAUUUUCUCUACGAGGAAGAAGACCAAAAAACCGCCCCAGCCAGGGGGAAAGAGCCCUCCGCACAUCAGUAGCCAAUCGGAGCCACCAGCGCUAUUGGACGACAGCGGGAUUGGCGGCGCAUCGCAGGCAAUACUUCCUGAAGUCCAGACUCCGCCCCCUGAGGAGACUCCGCCAACACAGCUAGAAGUUCUCGUGCCUGAAGUCUCACCGUCUCAAGAGGCCCCAGUCCUUUCCAUUGAUACCCUAACCCCUCCCCCUGACGCUGACACUGUCCAGGCGCCCGACGGCUCCAUCACAGAGGAAGGUAGUGUUUCACUGUUGAAGAGCAAGAGGAAGAGGAAACCCACUCAGAGGAUUCUACAAUACUGCCUCGAAGCUGAGGCUUCAAUCGGCCCCAAAAAGAAGGUCAAGUCUUUGAGGCAUAUCCCACCAAGUCCUCCGGCUCCUUCUGACUGCGGGGGGCCCUCAUCAGAGUGUGACGAGCGUCAGUCAGUGAUGUCCGGCGACGUCAGGAGUGACCCCUCACCGCUGACCGCCAAGGCCCUGGCGGCCAGCGCCGCCGCUGCUCCUUCUCCGACCCCUCCCGCCGUCACCGCUCCACCCCCUGUCGCCAGCCCGUCGUCUCCGACGCCAGAGGAGGCGUCCGACUGCGCCCUCCCCGCCCCCACCCAGCCGGACGGCCCCCACGCACACGAGGAUGAAGACGAUGGUGGCAAGGACUGCCUCGGCUUCGAGGGUGUUCAGGGGGAGGAGCCCUGUCCGGACGGCAGCAAUCCCUCCUGUAAGGAGGACUCUCUGCUGUGUGACGAGCACCUGUUCCCCACCAGGAAGCUCAUCGGAGAGCGAGGAGGCCCCGCCUCCAUGAAGGAGAACAUAUGUCAGGUGUGUGAGAAGUCUGGGGAGCUGCUGCUCUGCGAGGGCCAGUGCUGCGGGGCCUUUCACCUGGCCUGCAUCUCGCUGGCCCAGGCCCCCAAGGGGAAGUUCAUCUGCCCAGAGUGCAAAUCAGGGCUCCACACCUGCUUCGUGUGCCGGAAGCGCGGCGAGGAGACGCGACGCUGCAUGAUCCCCGUGUGCGGCAAGUUCUACCACGGCGAGUGCGCCGCCGGCCACGCGCCCACGGUGCCCGUCAACCGGGGCUUCCGCUGCUCGCUCCACGUCUGCCUGACCUGCUUCCUGGCCAACCCCAGCAACCCGGCUGGCUCCAAAGGCCGUCUGAUGCGCUGCGUGCGCUGUCCGGUGGCCUACCACGCCACGGACGUGUGCCUGGCAGCGGGCUGCGUGGUCCUGUCCAACAACAGCAUCGUCUGUCCCAACCACUUCAGCGCGCGCCGCGGCGUCAAGAACCACGAGCACGUCAACGUCAGCUGGUGCUUCGUCUGCACCGAGGGGGGCAGUCUGUUAUGCUGCGAGUCCUGCCCCGCCGCCUUCCACCGGGAGUGUCUGAACAUCGACAUGCCCAAAGGAAGCUGGUACUGCAAUGACUGCCGGGCGGGAAAGAAACCUCACUACAAGGACCUCCUGUGGGUCAAAGUGGGCCGCUACAGGUGGUGGCCUGCGGAGGUGAGCCACCCCAAGAGCAUCCCGGAGAACAUCCAGCGCAUGAAGCACGACGUGGGCGAGUUCCCCGUGCACUUCUUCGGCUCCAACGACUACCUGUGGACCUACCAGGCGCGCGUCUUCCCCUACAUGGACGUGGACGCCAACAGCAAGGAGCGCAUGGGCAAAGGCGUGGACGGCGUCUACAAGAAAGCGCUGGAGGAGGCGGCCGUUCGGUUUCGAGAGCUGCAGGCUGAGCUGGAGCUCCGGCAGCUCCAGGAAGACCGCAGGAACAACAGGAAACCACCGCCGUUCAAACUCAUCAAGGUGAACCGGCCGAUAGGAAAGGUGCAAAUAAUCGUGGCGGACCUGUCGGAGAUCCCGAGGUGCAACUGUAAGGCGUCGGACGAGAGCCCGUGCGGGACGGACUCGGAGUGUAUCAACCGCAUGCUGCUGUACGAGUGCCACCCCCAGGUGUGCCCUGCAGGGGAACGCUGUCUGAACCAGGCCUUCCUGAAGCGCCAGUACAGCAAGGUGGAGAUCUUCAGGACGCUGUCCCGCGGCUGGGGCCUCCGCUGCGGCCACAUCAUCAAGAAGGGCGACUUUGUGAGCGAGUAUGUCGGGGAGGUGAUCGACGAGGAGGAAUGCAGAUCCAGGAUCAGGCAUGCCCAGGAGAACGACAUCUGCAACUUCUACAUGCUGACUCUGGACAAGGACCGGGUCAUCGACGCCGGGCCCAAGGGCAACGAGGCGCGCUUCAUGAACCACAGCUGCCAGCCCAACUGUGAGACCCAGAAGUGGACCGUGGGCGGGGACACGCGUGUGGGGCUGUUCGCCCUCGUGGAAAUCCCCGCCGGCAUCGAGCUGACCUUCAACUACAACCUUGAGUGUUUGGGCAACGGGAAGACGGUGUGUAAAUGUGGAGCCGCCAACUGCAGUGGCUUCCUGGGGGUCCGACCCAAGAACAACCCCCGGACGGACGACAAGGGCCGCAGGAUGAAGAAGAACCAGGCCAAGAGGAAGAGCCAAGCCGUGUUGACCAAGGAGCGUGAGGACGAGUGCUUCAGCUGUGGGGACGGGGGCCAGAUGGUGUCCUGCAAGAGAGCGGGCUGCCCUAAGGUGUACCACGCCGACUGCCUCAACCUUACCAAGAGGCCCGCAGGCCGCUGGGAGUGCCCGUGGCACCAGUGCGACAUCUGCACCAAGGAGGCGGCGUCGUUCUGCGAGAUGUGCCCCAGCUCCUACUGCGCCCAGCACCGCGACGGCCUGCUCUUCAUCUCCAAGCUGGACGGCAAGCUGUGCUGCAGCGAGCACGACCCGUGCGGGCCCGACCCGCUGGAGCCCGGGGAGAUCCGGGAGUACACGCCCGACGCCGGCGGGGGCCCGGCGUCGGCCGUCGCCCCUCCGCUCGCGGUGCCCGAGAUGACCCGCGCCGGCCCCGGGGCCUCCUACCCCUCGCCCCGCCUCUCCGCGCCGGGGCCCGCCGCCGCCGCCGCCGCCGCCCGUGCCGCUAUGGGCCCCUCGCCGCCGGCCCCGCCCCCUGCGGUGCGGCCCUGCAGCCCGCCUGCGCUGCUCUCCGUCCCGCAGUACUCGCCCAUCUCCUCGUACGAGGAGGAGAGGGACUGUUUAAAAUACUACGAUAACGAUGUCGGCCUGUGCUCACACAUGGAGAGGAAGUCCACUCAGUUCCCCGUGCUGCGAAAGAGCCAGGUGCAUAGGAUAAUCCUAGCACCGUGA